AUGGCUGACAAGCAUGACCUUUGCGGACUUUACAAUGGGUUAAAAGCCAUUUAUGAGCCAAAGACAAAUGUUGUUGGUCCUGUGCUGAGUGCUGUUGGGUGUCAACUCUACACAAAUUUAGAAGAUAUUAAGGUCAGGUGGAAAGAGAACUUUUGUAAUCUCCUAAACCAACGGGGAGCAGCAGAUCAGAGUGCUUGCCACAAGAUACAACAAAGAGAGACCAGGGAGGAACUAUCAGAUCCCAUCACAGAUGAUGAAUUGGUGAAGGCACCAAAAAGCACCAGAGGAGGCAAGGACCCGAGUCAAGAUGGUAUUCCCGCUGAGUUGUGGAAACAUGGAGGACUACGGCUUAGAAAAAAACUGCUUGAAUUAUUUAAUGCAUGCUGGUAAAAUGAGUGCAUCCCUCAGGACUCCAAGGAUGCGGUCAUAAUUACUAUCAACAAAAAUAAAUGGUCAAGGCAUUUCGUUGCUUUCAAUAGCUGGCAAAAUCCUAGCAAAAAUCAUCUUAAAUCGUAUCAAGAAAAUCGCAGAGGAAGUUUUACCAGAAACCCAGUGUGGCUUCAGGGCAGAUCGAUAUCAUAUUCACAUUACGACAGCUACAAGGAAAAAGCAAUUGAACAAAAUCAGCCCCAGCAUAUGAAUUUUGUUGACUUUUCCAAGGCCUUCGACACGGUUGAUCGGGAGAUACUAUGGAAGGUUCUGAAGCUGUAUGGUUGUCCUUAGAAUGUGGUGCAGACCAUCAAGCUCUUCCAUGAGGGAAUGACAGGUGCUGUUAGGAUCGCUGGAGACACAAGGGAACCCUUUACUAUCAAUCACAGUGUCAAGCAGGGUUGUGUACUGGCACCAACCCUCUUUUCUCUCUAUCUUGUGGCUGUCCUAGAAACAAUGUGUACCAACCUCAAUUAA